AUGUCGGCGGGCGGUCCAUGCCCGGCAGGGGCCGGAGGGGGGUCAGGGGGAGCCUCUUGCGCCGUGGGGGUCUCCCCUGGCGGAGUAUCUAUGUUCCGGUGGCUGGAGGUGCUGGAGAAGGAGUUCGACAAGGCCUUCGUGGAUGUGGAUCUGCUCCUGGGCGAGAUUGAUCCGGACCAGGCGGACAUCACUUAUGAGGGGAGACAGAAGAUGACCAGCCUGAGCUCCUGCUUUGCACAGCUUUGCCACAAAGCCCAGACUGUAUCCCAAAUCAACCACAAGCUAGAGGCACAGUUGGUGGAUCUGAAAUCUGAACUGACAGAGACCCAAGCAGAGAAAGUUGUGUUGGAGAAAGAAGUACAUGAUCAGCUUUUACAGUUGCACUCCGUUCAGCUUCAGCUUCAUGCUAAAACUGGCCAAAGUAUUGACUCUGGUACCAUUAAGGCAAAAUUGUCUGUCCCCUCUGUGGAGGAGCUGGAGAGAGAGCUUGAAGCAAACAAAAAAGAGAAAAUGAAAGAAGCUCAACUUGAAGCUGAAGUGAAGUUAUUGAGAAAAGAGAAUGAAGCCCUUCGCAGACAUAUAGCUGUUCUCCAGGCUGAAGUUUAUGGGGCAAGACUGGCUGCCAAGUACUUGGAUAAGGAACUGGCAGGAAGAGUCCAACAAAUACAGCUACUUGGACGAGAUAUGAAGGGGCCUGCUCAUGAUAAGCUUUGGAACCAGUUGGAAGCUGAAAUACACUUGCAUCGUCACAAAACUGUGAUCAGAGCCUGUAGAGGCCGCAACGACCUGAAGCGAGCAAUGCAUGCUCCGCCAGGCCAUGAUCAAGACUCUUUAAAGAAAAGCCAAGGUGUUGGGCCAAUUAGAAAAGUUCUCCUCCUUAAGGAAGAUCAUGAAGGCCUUGGCAUUUCAAUUACAGGUGGAAAGGAACAUGGUGUUCCAAUCCUCAUUUCUGAGAUCCACCCAGGGCAACCUGCUGAUAGAUGUGGAGGGCUGCACGUUGGAGAUGCUAUUCUGGCUGUUAAUGGAGUUAACCUACGGGACACAAAGCAUAAAGAAGCUGUAACCAUUCUUUCCCAGCAGAGAGGAGAGAUUGAAUUUGAAGUAGUUUACGUGGCGCCUGAAGUGGAUUCUGAUGAUGAAAAUGUAGAGUAUGAAGAUGAGAGUGGACAUCGUUACCGUUUGUACCUUGAUGAAUUAGAGGGAAGUAGUAAUCCUGGUGCUAGUUGUAAAGAUACAACUGGGGAAAUCAAAAUGUUACAAGGAUUUAAUAAGAAGGCAGUUGCUGAUGGACACGAAAAUGGAGACCCAGGAGCUUCAAGUGAAACUCCUCUAGAAGACAGUGCUUCUAAAUUAGAUGACCUACACAGUCUGUACCAUAAAAAGUCUUAUUAA